AUGACAAGUUCACUAUCGUCUUCGCCAUUUGCAACAAUCCAACGUCGACAGUAUAGUCCUUUUGACAAUGAAAAAAAGCUCGCCCUGCCUUCCUACGCCAUAAUCCUGAUUAUUGCUGGUGGUUCCAUAUUCAUCCUCGCAACUAUUACUGCAAUAGUAUGUUUGGUUCGAAAAAGAUCAAUCAAAAAACAGAAAGCGGGAAAUUCGGUUGGCUCUGGUAUAUACGCGUAUCUUCCAAAUGGUAAUCCACGGAAUAAGGAUGAGGAAGGCGUCGGGUUUCGGUACGAGCCAACUCGGCUAUUGUCUACGGUUGAUGAAGAUGACAGGUAUCCAGGACAACCGACCCAUCCAAUGAGUUCCGCUGAUCAAAAUCGCUUCGGCAGCGGACUUUCUAGACCCGUUGCCAAAAAACCUCCGAAUUAUAUACCAGACAUUCAGACAGAUUUCAGUCGUUCUAAUUACGGCGAGGUUCCCCGUCGAGAUGCUACGUCACCGCAGCCUAUUCAUGCGAGCGGAGGGCAAAAAGGAGGUUUCAACAAGAGUAAUAGAACUAGGAUAGCCGCGGAUAUUCCGCCAUUAGAUACUGGUAUUAAUAAGUAUACCAAUACGGGCGGAAACAAUGGAGACAGCCAAGGGUCACAAUACAGCGCUGCUAUCCGCAAUCAGCUACAACAACAUUAUCCGCCGCCUAACCCCGUUUUACCUAAACCACGUCGAUCCUCGCUUGCGCAAUCAUCACCGAUAUCGCCAGUAUCGCCAGUGUCAUCAGUAUCACAAGCGUCACCAAUAUCGCCAACAGCACAAAUGCCGUUAAUCCAUGAAUAUGAAUCGUACGUUCCUUCACCGACUCGUCAAUCGCGUCUGCAACGCUCACGCGGAACUUCACGUUAUAGUCGUGGACGUGCGUUCCAAUCGCCUAUUUCAUCAUCUUCCUCUGGUUAUGGACAGGCAACGGCACAAAAACGUGGGACGGUUGAUUAUGAUUGGAAGAACUAUCAUCACAAGCGUAACAAUACGAAUGCCACUGGAAGAGUAAGCGGCGACAGAGCUACACGUGUGAAUACAUACACAGCGACGGAUGCUAUUGGUAUGCGUGAGCAGAGAUUAUUUGAUAGCAAAGAUGGGAGUGAAAACGACUAUCUAAAUGUUGCAAGUCCUAUUGGGUCGACGACAGGAUAUCUGUCUGAUGAAAUGGGUCAUAGUGAGGUCGAAGAUACGAGAUGA